AUGCGUACCUUCAGUCUCCUGCCAUUGGCACUGCCUCUUGUAGCUGCCGCCUCUCUGCCCUGGGAAGAGAUUGCUCGUCGUCAGCUGCCUAACGAGCCCACUGAUAUCAAGACCAUCAAAACGGCGAACAAUGUCACAAUCCGAUACAAGGAGCCCGGCAAGGAAGGUGUCUGUGAGACAACUCCCGGUGUCAACUCGUAUUCUGGUUAUGUCGACCUGAACGAGCAUGCGCAUACCUUCUUCUGGUUCUUCGAGGCUCGCAAAAAUCCCGAGACUGCCCCGAUCACUCUGUGGUUGAACGGCGGUCCCGGUAGUGACUCGCUCAUCGGUCUGUUUCAGGAACUUGGUCCUUGCAGCGUCAAUGAAAAGAACGAGACUGUGCUGAACCCUCACUCAUGGAACGAGGUGUCGAACAUGCUGUUCCUGUCUCAGCCUCUGGGCACUGGUUUCUCAUAUGCGGACAAGGCUCCUGGCUCUCUCAACCCCUACACUGGUGUGGUUGAGAACGCAGACUUUGCGGGUGUCGAUGGUCGUUAUCCCGUCAUCAAUGCCUCUAUGAUCGACACCACUGUUCUCGCCGCGGAAGCCACCUGGGAAGUCCUGCAGGGAUUCCUGAGUGGUUUGAGCAAGCUCGACUCCAAGGUCAAAUCCAAGAGUUUCAAUCUGUGGACUGAGAGUUACGGAGGACACUACGGCCCUGCUUUCUACGACCACUUCAUGAAGGAGAAUGAGAAGAUUGCCAGCGGCUGCACCGAGGGCGUCGAGAUUGAAUUCAACACUCUCGGAAUCAUCAACGGAAUCAUCGACGAGGCCAUCCAGGCUCCUUACUACCCCGAGUUUGCCCGCCACAACACCUACGGCAUUGAAGCUGUCAAUGAGACUGUAUACAACUACAUGAAGUUUGCAAACAACAUGCCCAACGGAUGCCAGGAUCAGGUCAUGUCCUGCAAGUACAGCAACCGCACUUCCAUGGCCGACUUUGCUCUCUGCAGCGAAGCCACCAACAUGUGCCGUGACAACGUCGAGGGCCCAUACUACCAAUUCAGUGGCCGCGGCACUUAUGAUAUCCGCCACCCACGCAACGACCCAACCCCUCCCGAGUAUUACCAGAACUACCUCGCCAAAGACGAAGUCAUGAACGCCCUCGGCGUCGACCUGAACUACACCCAAUCCAGCUCUGAAGUCUACUACGCCUUCCAACAGACCGGCGACUUUGUCUGGCCCAACUUCAAAGAAGAUCUCGAGGACGUCCUCAAGCGCAACAUCCGCGUGGCCCUCAUCUACGGCGACGCCGACUACAUCUGCAACUGGUUCGGUGGCGAGGCAGUCUCCCUGCAAACCGAGUUCAAGCACAGCAAGCAGUUCCGCAAGGCGGGCUAUGCGCCGUUCAUGGUCGACGGGGUCGAGUACGGUGAGACUCGCGAGUAUGGCAACUUCUCGUUCACCCGCGUGUACGAGGCCGGUCACGAAGUGCCGUACUAUCAGCCCGUUGCGUCUCUGCAGCUGUUCAACCGCACCCUGAACGGGUGGGAGUUGUCGAAGGGCGAGAAGAAGUUGACGGGGUCUUCUGGGACGGAUGGUCCUGCGCAUGCGACUCAUACGGCGCCGUCGGUGGCUUUGCCGACGCCCACUAAGACGGGAAACUGA